AUGAAAAUUUAUAUUCAUUAUGAAAGCGAACCUGAAGAAACAAUCAUUGUUCAACCACUUAUUUUAGGUUUAGAAACUGUAGAACAAUUAAAAAGUUAUUUUUUAAAUGAGUAUAAAAAGAGACACCCAAACUCUGAUAUUGGUGACUCUGUAGAUUUAAAAGAUAAAAAAGGAAAAAAUGUUUUCGAUUCAAAUCUUAUUGCUAAACACUUUUCAAAUUUAGAUGAUGGUUUUAUUGUAAAAAGUAAAGGUUCAAAACCAUCUACCACCUCAACUGCUUCAGCUUCAAAUACAUCAGUAUCCACCUCAUCCUCACCAUCACCAUCAUCUUCAUCACCAAAAACUAGUUCAGCUACUACUACUUCAACAUCAAUUAUUAAUAACAAUAAUAGUGUAAAGAAAACUACUACCACAACAACCAAUAAUAAUAAAAAUAAUAAUACAACUCAAUCACCAACAAUUCAAUCAAAAUAUACAGAAUUACCAGAUGGUAUGUGUGAUCAAAAAUACAAUGGUGUUAUUAAACCAUUAUUGGAACAAGGUGAAAGAUUUUAUGAAAACCAACUAUACAAAAAUGCAAUAUCAUAUUACGAAAAUAUUUUAACAAUGUUACCAAGUGAAUAUAUAUCAUUGGUUAGAUGUUCAAAUAUUUAUUAUGAAGCUAAAAAAUGGAAAGUUGCUAAAGGAUUUAUUGAAAGUGGUAUUAUGCACUAUCCAAAUGAUAUUCAAUUCCACCAUCUUAGAGCUAAAUUAAUGUUAGAGACAGGAGAUUAUCUUGAAGCUAUUAAAUCAUUAGAGAGUAUUUUAGAAUUAUUAAACCCAAGCGAUGAAAAAUAUGACGAGUUCCAAGCAAUCUAUGGUAAAGCCCUUUAUGAAACUAAAAACCCAAGACUUCAAGAUGAAGCAUGUGACCUUUUAACCUCAUUAGUCCACAAGAAUGAAAAAAACAUUCAAGCUUUAAUUGGUUUCACCCAUGUACUUAUUGAUAAGGGCCAAUUGAAAGAUGCCUCUCAAGCCGUACUCCAAUUAUUAGGUACUAUCCCAGAAAUGGAUAAAAAGAAACAACUAACCAAAUAUUUACCACUCUCUGGUGAAACUAUAGUACUCAAUGACCCAUAUCAAAAAGAAAGAAAAUGGACCCAAGAAAAAAUUUCAGACCUUAUCAAAAUACUUGGUGUUGAUACUAUUUUGAGUGGUUUCAAUCCUGGUUCUGUUACUCCUCAAUUAAUGGCUUUUCUUUCAAACUAUGUUAAAGAAUUUGGUGCAAUUAAAGAAUCGAUGGAGCUCAUUAGAAGAUCCUCUAUGAAAGAACCAAGUUAUGUACCAUAUCGUUUAUCAUUAAUCCAUACCCUCGAAAUCACCCAACAAUAUGGCCAAGCAAUUGAACUUGCUAUGGAUUUCCUUCGUAAAAACAGAAACCUUGGUCUUACCCAAUUUCCAGAUGUUAAUAAUGAAACAUUUUUAGCAAUACUCGAAAAACACAUAAAGCCAGGAUACAAACAUAUCUAUGAAUACCAAUCAUUUAAAAAGGAUGCACCAGAAGGAGGUCCUCAAAAAGUUUCAAAAGAUAUUUUGGUAAUUCCACCAGGUCAACCUGCCCCAGCUCCUUACACUCAAGAUGAAUUAGAUCUUAUGGGUCUAUGGUUUGCAACCUCUAAACUUUGCUAUGCUGCUGGUAUCCUUGAGCCAUUACCAGAGAUUAUAUCAUUGGUCGAAAAAAUCCGUAUUGGUAGAGAUAUCCAUUUAUCCAGCUCUAGAAAUGAAAACGCCUAUUUCUGUUGUGUCAGUGCUUUGAUGCCAUACAAGACCUUACCAUUACCAAAGCAUCGUCCAAUCUAUAUUGCAGGUGACAGCCACUGUUUCAGUACUGCUUGGACUCCAGUUACCAUUCAAGGUGAACAACGUUUAUUCCAUCCACUUUUAGUAACUGGUUUAAAGAUGUGGCAUCUUCGUCCAUCGACUAAAUUCUAUCCAAAAGUUAAUUUCUACAAUGUUGUACCAACUGCACCACCAGGUUCUGAAAUUGUUUUCGAAUUUGGUGAAAUCGAUUGUCGUGAAGGUAUAGUUGUCUCAGUCGAUAGAUGUCGUUAUAAAGAUCUCGAAGAGGGUAUGAAUAUCACUAUAGAUUUCUAUAUUGACGCAUUAAAAGAUUUGAUAAAGAAAUAUAAUUACAAGAUUUUCAUUCAUCCAGUUGUACCAGUUUUAGAACAUACUCGUCAUAUCGUCAAAGUGUUUAAUAAGAUUUUCGAAAAAAGAAUUAGAGCCUGUAAAGAAUUUGUUUGGUUAGAUUUCUUCCCAACUCUUUUAAAACCACAAAAUGAAAACGCAUUUAAUCCAAUUUAUGCUUUAGAUGGUACCCACAUGAAUCCAACCUAUGUAUCAUUAAUCGAAGCAAGUAUCAAUAAACAUUAUAAUGAAAUUGCUAAAUAA